CUUAGUCACAACCCAAUUAUAGCUAUUUCAUUCAUAACAAGAGCCCUGCCGAGGAGACAGCAUCAAGAUGACCGAUAUUCAAUACUGGGAUGACACUCUAUCGGAAGAGAUCGAUAAGAUCCAAGAGCUGAUCGAUAUGGUCCAAUCGAUGGGUGACGGCUCACCGGAAAAGACGGGUAUUUUCGACAAGAUCGAAAAGCAUCUAAGAGCCGCACAGGGAACCAAACGGAGCUUUAAAAUGGAAAUUCGGCUGGUGGCAGAUGUCAAUGCCAGGAAAAAGUUCGAAACUCGUUUGCAGGUAUUGGAUCAAAAACUCAACACUCUACAGGCCGAUUGCAAGGCUCUACGACAGGAACACGAACGUGGAGAGUUAUUCGAUGGACAAGGCGGUCCAGGUGAAGUCAAUGAAGAUGAUGCGGUCAAAGCGGGCGACAACAUGUUGGGGGAAGCCGUUAAUCUGCAAAACAAGACACAAGAUUCUCUCUCCAAUACCAAACAAUUGAUUGCCGCCUCCAAGGAAGUGGGUAUGGCUACAUUGGAAGAACUAGAACGUCAACGCGAUGUCUUGAACAAUAUCGAAAAGGAAAUUGAUAGAGUGGACGACAACCUUGCUAGAGCAGAAGCUCUCCUCAAACAAUUUGGAACGAGAAUGGCCAGCGACAAAUUCAUUCAAUGCUGUGGCGUGCUCAAUUGUCUGCUUCUGGGAGGCGUCAUUGUAUUUUCCGUGGUCAAGGGUGGAGGUAUACCCGGUGUCGGCGAUUCCUCUCCUGCCGAUCCUCUGGCUGCCGGGGCCACCACCGAGGCUCCUGUUCGAAUGAUUCGAAGCUUGCGAAUGAAGCGUGAUUAAUGUAUUUGAGCUCAACAACAAGAGAGUGCCGCCGACGUAGCCGUCCCAUCUCCGUUUCUUUCAACCCUCCAUUCCACUCCAUCCUCCCAGUUCUGCUAAGUUGAUUCAACGAGAUAAACACUGAUGCACAAGUAAGCACUAGCAUAAGAUCUUAGCAAAAACGUUCAUUGGCUUUUGACCAAGGUCCAAGCUCUCAGAACAAUUCCGGAGCAGAGAUUGCACUGCCGCAGCACCGAUGGUUGGGCGGUGAAUACUCAGGCUGUCGUAGGCACCGAAUGGCUAGGCGGCGAAUUCGAUCGAGAUGACUGCUGAGUUGCACCCAGCAGCCAGACUCGACUGUCACUCGACUUUGGGUUUCGCCCCCCUCUCGUCGAAACCGAAUACUAGUACGUUGGCUUGAUACCGAAGCGUGUGGCGGGUGCGGCCCUCUCCGUCCCGUCUCCAAUACCAUUUUGAAUCGUAUCGUCGCACCGUACGGCAGAUCCCACUCAAUAAGUAGUUUAGUAGUUUCCUGGCGAUCGUGGCAACGCGUGACUCAACCAGGUUAACUGAACGAUGGUACUAGCUAGUACCUACCGUAAUAAGGGAAGACGCUGGUUGUUCCGGGUGCAACGAGAAUGCCAUGCCCCUUAGGCUUCGACCACAGCAGCUGCCACCAAUGUGCACUGGCUGCUAGCUAUCGGUGUAUCAGUGCAUCAUGUGGGUAGCUUCGGGCUUCCGGUUGCGGCGAUAGGUUUGCUCGCCUCGAGGCUGGAAUACGUAGAACUGCUAAAAAACUACAUGAUUUGCCUCCAAGGCAAAAAGAAGCAAAGAGGCACCGUCGUGACAGCCAUCUAUAAAGUGUUCUUGUUCUGUAGCCACCCAAUGCAACGAUGGUGGCCCAGUGAAUAAUUUAGUUGCCAUGGUAUGGUUGCAAAGCUGGGUGGGCAUAUAGUUCACCUGACCACCAUAGAAACGACUCCACUUGUAUUGUCAUGCCGCACAGGAGCGAUAGUUUCUCGGCUUUCCGCUAAGGCUGAAUAAACUUCCCUUUUGGCAACUGAGGAAGCCCUAUUCGAGGUCCUCUUCAAGGUUGCUCUCUAGCUAGCGCUAGAUCUUCCAUAACGAGUUCUAUAACGAGUUCCAAUGCUGGUUUGCUGUGCUUGGGCAACAACGCAGCAGCACACUCUUAUUCAAUCGACCCUAGAGUCUUUCCCGUUGCGAACAUGGGUUGCCUUCGAGGUGCUUCGUGCAUGCAGGACGUACUGUACUACACUGUUGUAUGAUAGGAGCUUCGUACGCAGGACCCCAGAGCCCUGAACAAAAUUAAUUGGUGAGCCCGGCAGUCUGGGGCAAAUAGAUACUUAAAGUGCCGCUUCACCAAAGUGAAAAGUUCGUUUUACGGGGUCCUUUGAUUUAAAUCUGCUACUGCCUGGUUCUUGGUUUGCUAAAUCCUUGGAGCAAAUGAUGACUCCUCACUGUUUAAAAUCACAGUCGUGGGAAACUUUUGGUACCGUUCCC